CUCGUCGCUGGCGGACUGAGCAUGAGCAGUGGGGUUAUGGCUGUAGGGCUGUAGCUCCAUUUAACCAGAGCUGUGAGUUCCGUAGCGCCCCAGCAGAGCUGCUAAAACCCGGGGACGAAGAGACAGCCCCGCGGGGAUCUUUAAUUCUGUAGAUAAUCGUAUGAAUUAAGAGUUCGGACCCGAAGAACCGAAGGAUGGCUGAGCAGAGGAGCGGAUACCGACAGUUGACUAAUGAGGAGGAGACACCUGAGGUGCCCCAGGAGGCAAAUGACGCGCCCCCACCGUACAACAGCAUUGCAGCAGAUGCAGCUUUCUUUGACUACAAAGAAGAAGGCAACUAUCCCAAACCUCCUUCAUACAACGUUGCCACUUCUUUACCUUCAUACGAUGAAGCAGAGCGGACCAAGGCUGAGUCCAGUGUUCCUCUCGUCGCACCAAGAGACGAGGAUUUUGUUGCCAGAGAUGACUUUGACGAUGUCGACCAAUUGCGAGUCGGAAAUGAUGGCAUAUUCAUGCUGACCUUUUUCAUGGCUUUCCUUUUCAACUGGAUUGGCUUCUUCCUGUCCUUCUGCCUCACCACUUCAGCAGCAGGGCGAUACGGUGCUGUCUCUGGGUUCGGGCUGUCCUUGGUUAAAUGGGUCCUGAUUGUCAGGUUUUCCACAUACUUUCCUGGAUAUUUUGAUGGGCAGUACUGGCUGUGGUGGGUUUUCCUGGUUGUAGGGUUCCUGCUGUUCUUCAGAGGAUUCGUGAACUACUCAAGAGUGCGCAACAUGGCUGAUCAUUCCUUCUCCACUCUUCCUCGAACCAGAGUGCUUUUUAUCUAUUAAAGGUAAAUCGGAGAUGUGAAGAUGCAGCAUUUUAAGACUCUAUGACCGUGUGUGAGAGUGAUGGUGAAAGUAAUCUGUCCACCACAGACUUUUAAAGAAUUUCCGGUGUGUUCUUGCUGCUCUGUCUUAAUACAGUGCUCUGUUUGUGUGCAGAUUUUACACCUCAGGCCUAUUAUGACAUCAACAAAAUGGCAAAACUCAAGCUUCAAAUUUUCAGGAGGUAGAAAGCGGAGAAAAGAAGAGUAUGUCCGCUAUUAAUGUCUACAUACUGCUUUAUAAUGAAUUAAAGGUUUAGGUACACUUAGGUACAUUUACAAGGAUGUUAAUAGUCCUCCAAUCAUCUAUUUAUCAGCUACUAAUAUCCAGUGCAAUCUGCAGUCGCUACAUUUAAUGCAUUCUCUUUUGCUAAUAUUUCUUAACUAGCAUACGCCGAAGAUUAUAAGAAUCAGUCACUUAUUUCCUUGCAAAAUUCACGAUAUACCCAGCUGAUAGUUUGGGUGAUGCAAUGGGCAUGUUAGUUUUCUCAUAAACAGUGCUGGGGAAAUUUUAGUUUUACUUUGUGAGUAAGUAUUGUAAACAAACGUUUCUUCUUUUUUGUGAAUUACAGAGAGUAGUGUAUUAGGAACAGUGUAAUAUCAGAUGUUAUUUACACACGCACUUUGAAGAUACAUUGAAGGUAAAGCAACAGCCAAUUUCAAAGUCAGGGAAAUAUUAGGCCUUAUGCAAAUAUAUAUGAAUGAUUUAGUCUUUCUCUUAUGGGUGUGAUUAUACAAAAUCAUUUUGCUAUUAUUACUAUUAUUACUAUUAUUACUAUUUUGCUGUUAUUAUUAUCAGGACCAAAAAAUUCAAGAACAGAUGCAAAGCGUUUCAGUCUACUGGUCUAAUUUAACAUUCAGUGAAACGCCUGAGCGUGUAAAGUGCAAGUUUUAUUUCUUCAGUGAUCUGUGUUGCUGUAAUUUAUGAUGCCAAAGUAGCAGUAGAUAAAACCACUGACUUGUUGAUUUUUUUUUUUCUUAAUAAAGAUUUCAGUGAAAGGCAUGUUAAUGAAAUGGUUCAGCACAACGUGAUCUAUUGUGAUUUGUAUGUUUACACUUGUGCAAAGUAACUUUUAAUAAAGAUUGCUUCUAUAGUGAGAUCAAAA